AUGACGUCCAUACCAGCCAGGUGCAUUGCCUCUCCAUCCCCAACACCGCCGGUCAAGACUGAGAGUGCCUCUCAAACCACCCGUCGGUCCUCCACACCUAACAAGGAGCUGGGCCUCUUCGUGACUCACGAUGAAAGCGAGUACGGAGACGCAGAUGACGACGGAGAUGACGGCGGAGAUGACGAUGAGAUGGAUUCUUCAGGGGAUGACAAUGUUCAAGAUUCGGCAAGGAUUAAAUACUACGACGAAUCGAUCGAAUCCUUACCAAAAGCCGCAGCGUACGACCCUGACUUCAAACAGGUGCCGGUGGACACGCUCAGACUUGUUGCACGAAUCAGCCAGACAGUACCUGCCGGAAGCCGCAAACAUCCUAAAUUCGAGCACCUCAUUGACCAAGCAGAACGGCUCGUGAAGUUUCCCGUUAAGAAAAAGCACCGUAUCAAUGUCGUUGGGAAGUCUGGCGCGGGCAAAAGCUCGCUCCUGAACUGCCUCCUUGGGCUGCCAGGUCAUGCAAAGGCUCUUGCAGGCUCUAAAGCGUGCACCCACGUACCCACUGCUUACGAGGGCCCAUUUGAUGAUCAAACGAAGCGAUUUGCAGCCAGGAUCGAAUUCUUCACAAGAGAUCAGAUACGGAAAAUGAUGGAACUCAUGGUCGACAAUUAUUACGAAUACCAUUUUGAAAAUCACGAUGGCCUCGACACCCCUGAGCUCGCCAACAUGCAGAAUGCGGCGGAAACUGCUCUAGACACUUUCCAUGGUCUUUUUCGCAAGAAACAGGUCUUCGCAACACGGGAAGACGGGAAGGGGUACCUUUCCCAAAGCUUGCAGGUCGAAUACGGGAAGACGCUUGUUGCAGACCGGUUUGCUUCAUGGUGCGAAGGUAUUGUUCCGAAUACGGGGCGGAACGAUACCACGGUGAUCUACGAGACGGAGAGCGAGCAGGAACUGCGCGACUACAUCCAACGAUACGCUUUUGGAAACCCAAAAUCCAAAGAGCCCUGCUUGUGGCCUUUGGUUAACAUCAUUCGUGAGGGAAUGAAAGGAAUUGAAUUUCUCAAAUAUGUCACGCUAUUCGAUUGGCCUGGUUCUGACGAUACGAAUCAUCUGCGCGCAAAUGCUUCAGCGCAACGCAUUUACGAUUGCGAUGAAAUAUGGAUUGUGUCGUCGGCGGACCGUAUUGCCACUGAUCCCGCAGCAACCACCAACUUGAUCCGAUAUGGCAAGACCAUACCUUGCGCCUUGAUCUGCACCGGCAUCGAUGACAAGAUCGAUGGCGAGCUUGUUGAAGAGAUUGAAGGCUAUGGCCACGAUAUCGGCAAUCAUGACGAGCUGGUGGCGGACGAAUCGUCUCUUCAGAACGAGAUCGAUACACUUCAUCACAAGAAGGAAAGGGCGGACAAUGCAUUGAGUCAUGGUUGGACGUCAAACAAACAAGGCAAGAGAAAGCGACUCAGUAAGGAGGCGAGGGUACGCUACCAGAAUGAUCAGCGCGAGAUACCAGCCAACAUCAACGCCUGCGAGGAGCGACAGGCCCGUUUACGACAGGAAAUCUUCGAGUUGAGGGUCCAUGUCCGCAAACAAUACAUCAAAAAGCUUCUUCAUGACAAGAAGCUGUACCAACAUGCGUUGAACGGUAGACUGGAGCUGAUGUUCGCGUCCAACACUCAUUACGCCCGGCAUAAAGGAAGGACCCUCAGCCAAGAUCCCCUUCUCCCCAUCAAAGAUACUGGCAUCCCAGAGAUACGUCAGUACAUCCUUAGCGCCGCCGCUCCCGGCGAGCUCAAGACCGUUCAGGACUUUCUCAAUUUUGAGGUCGAGGUCUUACUCAAGGGCGUAGGCCUAGUCACUGACACAGUCGAUCUAAAGGGAUGUGAAGAGGCAUUGAAGAUGGUUGAGUCCAAACAACAGGAUAUUGAGCCGGACAGGGACUACUUCCUACAGUCUGUCGAUUGGUUCGUCCAGAGAGAGCUGAUAGCGCCUUUACAAGUUGCUCAAGCUCGUUACUCCGAGGGCGCACUGAAAGUGCUGGAUGCCAAGAAGAAAUGGCCUUACAUGUCUCUCAGAGCUUUCAUCCGAAAGCGUGGCUGUCAUGAAACACGUACUAUACCCCACCAUAGCUGGACAGAGGAGUUCAUACAAGAAAUGGUCACCGAGCUUGAGGAUUAUUGGUCUGCACUUCAUGACGCUGAAAAUCAAUACGUCAAAGUGUUGCAAGAUGCCUUCAUCGGCCACUGCAGAUCGGUCGCGCAGACUCUCGAUAGACAUGAGUCCAAGUACCGCCUCCAGCAGCAUCGCUUUGAAGAGCUCAUCGAAGUCCAAGCACGAGGUAUCGAGCAAUUAUGUGCCAAAUUUGCUGAAGACUACGAAAGAGCCCUUAGGUAGGCGAGUGGGCUUCAAUCGCUCUUGCAAGAUGCUAACAACCGGGACAGGACUAUUCACAUCGAAGCCACCCAGGCGGACGACCAGUGUCCGACGGGAUAUUUCUUUCAAGCCAUGGGCGCGGCUUGGGACGAGGCAAAAGAAAUUUCAGGUCGGUCGUCUCCAGACUGGGAUACAUACUUCAACUAACGAUUUCGCAGGUCCUCAGGCCAAAGCCCGGGCCCUCACCAUCUUCGAGACCCACCUCAAGCUUCCAGGCGACCGAUCCCCAUUUGCGGUGCUCUGCACCCGCAUGGCGGAGGCGAUAGUGAAGCGCACCCAGGAGCUCCUGACCGAACUAACAGAGGGUGUCAAGCGCAUCUUGGGAGACAUUCGCCAGUGGCUUGAGGCCAUGUUCUACGAGCAGUCGAACGACCCACAGGAGAUCGAGGUACGACAAUUGCUGGAAAAGUUUCACAUCAAGGCUCAAGAGGAAUUUGGCGAGAUUCGCGACACUUUGAAGGUGGUGGAACGGAGGUAUCAGCCGAAGACAGAGUGGUGA